UAUUCGAUUCAGCUGCACCACUUGAACCAGUUCACGCGGUGCCGCACCUUGCCGUUCGUUUCAGCGGUGCAGCUUAGCGCCCCCUGCACCCUAGCGUUCGUUUCAAAAAGUGCAGCAAAGGUGCAGCGCCGGUUCAGGAAUUUUCAGAACCUGCUCUGCCUGUGGUGCCGCGUUGGUGCACGCGCGGUUCACGAGCUUCGUGAGCUUCCACACUUGAGAGCCGACCACAGCUAGCAGACGAUGUCAGCGAACGACUUGCCGACGCUGUCGGUACUUGUAGACGGGGUACAAACUCAGGUUACCCCUGUAGUCGACGGCGAUGGGAGGCGCGUUCCCUUCGGCGAUGGAUUUGCCUACAGAACGCCAGAUGGAACGGUCAUCACGGUGAUAUUUCAAGAAUGUGAAACUAAUACGUCAUCUGCCAUGGAGGCAACGCCUGCGGACCUCAGCGUCGCACCGAUGGAGGAGCGAUCCAGAUCCCCCGAGGAUGAACUCUGGAGUGUUCGGAGGACCCGGUUCCUCAUUUUGAAAUAUAAAGAGCUGAAUCCUCUCGUCGGGAAAAAAGGCGGCCUUAAGACAAAAAAGGCCAUGUGGCAAGAAAUUGCUCGUAUGAUCAACACAGAGUUCUCAGUUGUGAUAACCGAGCUGCAGGUGCAGAAUAAAUGGAAGAGCCUUGAACGAUCAUACAAGAAGACAAAAAUAAAAAACAAUUCAUCGGGGCACUCGACGGCUUUGUGUGAAUACGAAGAAGAGCUAAGUGAUGUUCUUGAAAAAGAACACCACAUCACACCGACAGUGCUGAUGAAGCCUGGAGGAACAAUUGAGAAAGACAGCAGCAUGUCUCCCGGCGCUGAUGACGGCACUGACAUGGAGCCAGAAUUGUCAACGGGCAAACCCCUGACAAGGCCUGCAUCAGCUGCAGGUGUGAAUGCACACCCUAAGGGUGCCUUGCGAAGAAAAAAGGACAGCACAUCGCUGAAUGCCCUCUUAAGAGAAUUUAAGGAGGCGAAGGAAGAGCGGGCCGAACGCUUUGAUAGGAAAAUGGCCUUGUUAGAGCGGCUGGUUACAGCUGUGGAGAAAGUUGCCACAACGGCUCCUGAAUAA